AUGGAGCGCAUCGAGCUACACAAUGUCAAAGAUACCCUCGAAGAGAGCGUCGACUUCAACCGGAAAACGAAGAAAGACACAAAGAUACAGUUCAUGAAUUCGACCGCAGACAAGCACUCGCUACAGAAAGGUGACCUGGGUGCGGUGGAAGCAACUGCAAAGACGGCUAUCAGCUAUCUGGGAUCUGGAGGUAGCCUAGAAUUUCCCACGCUAGGCAUUGUCGCACUCCAAGCAGUGACAAAGGACCUGGGACAGAUUCGCAUACAGUUCGAGGAACUAGCAUUUGGCUAUGAGACCCUGAAGGAAGCGCUUUCCGACAAGGGCAUCCAAAAGCCUACCGCAAAAGAGAUCGAAAACAUCCUCGUCAAGAAAUACAAGCCUCUUCAAGCAGGGAUCUCGUCCGCCUCGGCUUGUCGGAACUUCUUGAGAAUCCUGCAGAACCUUCGGCAAGAUGGCUACAACUUGAUCUACCUAUUCCGGGACGCCUCUAUGAACUGGCGCUUGAGGAACGAGACGGUUUCCGGAAGACAGACGCGCGAACGUAUAGUAGCUCUUUUCGGUCGCUAUCUAGAGGAUCUCCGCCACUUUCCUUUCGUAUCCACUGCUGGUGAUAUCCAGGCAGCUAUGAGGGCUUACUUCCAACGCAAGAAGUUCCCAGGUUCGGAUAGUCAGUGGUUUACUAUCUGCGGAUCGCAUUGGCCAUCGUUCUUGGAGGCACGAGCAUACGCGUGGAGUAUCGUGAAACCCAUGUGUUUUGACACUAUUAGCGACGAGGAGAUACUGAGCGUCCAUAACAUAUACACGAGACCCAUGCACUACCACGUGCUUCACCCUAUGGACGUCAACGGCGAGCAGAUCCUGACGACUGCAAUGUCACUUGAAGCCGGUAGCAUCCUUGGCAUCGUUGCGGCCCAGAUGCGUUACGUUGAGCCAGCUCUAGCAAAGUCGCACUGGUUCCAGCUUCCGAAUGGCGUCUAUUGUGAACCACUUCCGGGUCCCUUCACCCUCAUCUUCCGAGGACCGGAUGUCUCCAACACUCACGGCAACGUUUGUCUAGUCUACGAUGUCGUCAAGGAUCCGUUCAGCGGGGUAGCGCCUUUUCGCUUGUUUGCUGUCACCGUGAGGUUCAUUGCUCCUUUGGAGCCCCCCAGACUAUGGUGA